UUUCCCAUCAUAUAGAAUUUGAGCAUUUAAAAAAAACAUCACUGGGAAUUUAAAAAACUUAUUUCGUAGAUAAUUAUUAAACUAGAAUUUGGCAAUCUUCAAUAUUAUAGUGUAAGUUACAAAAUAAAAGCAAAAUGGUAUUGCAGAAAAAAGUAACGCCGAAAAUUAUAUUAGCACUUUCUUGUCUACUAAUUAUUGGCUUGACUGAUGUAACCGCUGAAAUUGAAAAAGAAAUUCCCUUAACAAAGCUGGGACAAAAUGUUGGGGGACCGACAAUGACUUUUUUGUAUUGCUAUUCUUGUGGAUAUAGAAAGGCAUUUGAAGACUAUGUUGGAAUUUUGAAUGAAAAAUAUCCGCAAAUAACUAUUCGUGGAGCAAAUUUUGAUCCCCCCGGAUUUAAUUUAUACCUUUCAAAAGGAGUGUUUGCGGUCAAAAUUUUGCUUAUAGUUAUUGUGCUAACCCAGUUUGAUAUAUUUGGAGCUAUGGGUCAACAAAUUCCGAGUUGGUGGAGAUUUUGCCAUGAAAAUAAAUUUUACACUUGUUUAAUGGUAUUUUUUGUUGGGAACAUGUUAGAAGCUCAUUUGGUGUCUUCAGGAGCAUUUGAAAUAUCCUUAAACGAUGUACCAGUUUGGUCAAAAUUACAAACAGGGCGAAUUCCUCAACCACAAGAAUUAUUUCAAAUUAUAGAUAGCCAUUUACAAUUUAAUCAAGAAAAGAUUAACGACAAUCCAGAUUUUGUGAAAUAAAAUCGAACAGUAUAGAAAAGAGAUAAUAUAAAAGAAGAUACAUUUAAAUAUACUUAAGAACUCGUAAGACUUUUUGAUUUACACCUUUGUUUCGAAUUCUUUAUUGAAAUUAAGAAGUUUUGUAAAAUAAAUUUGAAAUGUGAUUUUUUUUUAACAUUGAGGUCUAUAAAGUAAAAUGUUGUAUUUAAUUUGUAAAGGUGUCUCCUAUAAAAUUUUAGUCAGAAAUUUGUUUUAAUUAGCUAUGAUAAGUUGGUUAUUGUGUUUUCUUAUCUAAAUUUAUUUUAUUUCAAAAAAAUUGUUUUUUUGUUUAUCAUAGUAUAAUUUAUAUAUACAUAAGUUCGUAGUUAAAAUAAAAUUGGUUGGAUUUUGAAGUAUUUCAGUCACAAUAGAUAAUAUACAUAAUUGUUUCCUUACGGUAAGAUAGCAAUAAAACAACUUUAAUUUUAAAUAAAUUUGUGCGGUAUAAUAAAUUUUUAAAUGAGAAAUUAAA